UGGAAUGUGGCUGGAGGCGUGUUCGCCGAACAGGCAGUUAUUACCGGAGCUGAUCAAGCCGUGGCAGUCCAGGUUGCCGGCGAGCAGCUAUCAUCUGAGCGCCGGGUCCGAGUUCCGCGGCUUCUUCCUACGGGACGACAGACCGCAGCUGCCGGAGGGCCCGGAGGGCGUGGCCCCUCGUCUGGCGGCGCCGCCCCUCGGCUUCAGAGGUGCAGAGCAGGACACACCGGCGGCCGACGGCCGAGAGGACGAGGAGAGGAAGGACGACCAGGACGACGACGGGCCCGUCUGUCCGAUGUGCCUGGACAGGCUGCGCAAGGAGGACUUCAGCCACUACCCUCUGGAGGGCCGCUGUACGUGGUUCGGCAUGACGGAGGACCAGCUGGAGCAGUCGCUGUUGCCGCUGACCGACGAGCACGUGCUGGCGGCGGCUCCUGGCACCGUGCAGCUCCGCAAGCGUCAGGUGGAGCUGGCUCGCGAAAGGGGCUGCCAGUAA